CAAUUCAAUUCACAAAAAUGCCAAAAUGGCGGAACUUGGGGUUUUCGCGUCGGUGUAUUAAUUGAAAACUGACUGCCUAUCCUUUAGAGAUAUUCCUAGCAGCCACAGUGUUACAUGCCUUUUUAUACGUUCUUGUCAAUGUAUCAUUUAGUGUAACUAUAAAAGCUAUAACAAACUUGAAUCAUGAGUGAGACUUCAAGAAAUGAGUCAAAUUCUCCUGACUCGCAAAUGCCGGCUCAAGAGGAUGAUGUUAAAUUCCCGCCUUUCCCUGAGCCAAAAGAUGUUGAUUUUGAUGAAGAUAUUCCAGAGGAAGAAAGAAGAUAUUAUAUAGAUAAAUUUCAAGACUUGAAUACAGUAACAAGUCAUAGGAUGCACUGCACAUCUUGUGAUCGUCACCUUGGGUGCUCGGCCAGCAAUGAUGGCAGGAUGCGGAUGCAUCCUAUGCUUCGUACGUUAGUAUGUAAUACAUGCUAUGCAUUCUACAAUAGUGGAGAGUUUGAGAAAGGAGAUGAUGGCUCCGAGUUGUAUUGCCGUUGGUGUGGGCAGGGUGGCCAAGUAUAUUGCUGUUCAGAUUGCCCCCAUGUGUUUUGUGCGAAAUGCAUCAAACGGAAUUUGGGUGUUGCGAAAAUUAAGGAAAUUGAAAAUACCGAUGACUGGAAAUGUUUCAAGUGCAGCAACAAACCGCUGUGGUACCUUCGAGCGUCAUGCUGGGCACUUCUGCGUUAUUGUGAUUUAAAGAACAGGAUAACCAUGGCUACUCAAGAUCCAGUUUUAAAAGAGAAGUACACAACAAGUUGUGCUAGAGAUCUAUCAGAUUGCUGUAAGAAUAAAAAAAGAAGAGAAAAACUUGAUAGUAAAAAAAAGGAAGAGAAGAAAGAAGCUGAAAAUUCAGCGAAAAAAGCAGCUGCAGCUGUUAUUUCAAAAAUACCGCCCACCAUACAGGUGAAGAAGUUCGCAUCAAUCAACACGGAUGACAAACCUGAGAAGAAAGCAGCUAAAAGAUCAUUAAGUCCCAAGCCAAAAUCCGUAUACCUUAAAAAUCCGAUCGCAGUGGCCGGCGCUAAAACUUAUAGUGGGUUUUCACCAAUGCCGAAAAAAAUUAGGAUGACAUCUACUCCAAAUAUAUUAAGUCCUGUUCGAUUUCUGGCGGAACGCAAAGUUGUCAACAACACACCUCUACGCAUAAGGCCUAAGGGACCACAGAUGCCGGUCCCAGUCAUGACUCCAUUCAAUGGAUACAACAGUGCACCCUCAUAUAAUAAUUUCAUAAAUGAUAACAUAAAUUUAUCUUUGGAGAAUUUAACUCAGGGAUUGGACAUGGCGGCGGCAGCAGCGGCGGCAAUGAAUAAUGGCCAGGAAGAUGAUGUGGUCUGCACACCCGAUUUUCCUUUGGAGCCACUGUGCGAGGUGACAGAGGACCCGGGCGACGACGACGUGCAAUGCAUGACCCCCAUACACAACACGAACAUUCUCAAAUCGAGCCACCCGCCCCCUCUGGUGCCGCGCACGGCGAGCAACCUGCCCGACCUCUCCGCCGACAACAUCAUACAGAUGACCGAGAACGACGUCACCGUCAACGCGCAGACGGGCGGCCUCAAGUUCCGCGUCGACCCGCAAACCCUGUCCUCCAACAAGAUGUACCGGCUCCCCGACGGCCGGAUCUUCGCCAUCAACGCCAACCCGAACAUGCCCGGCGGGUACUCGGCCACCAUCGUCGCCGUCACCGAGAACGCCACCAAGAACCUGCCCAAAGGCGCCGUGUACUCGGCCAAGCUCAGCGCCGUGCCCGCCAAGCCGGCGCCGACCGCCUCCCCCUCCCCCCGCGCGCGCGCGCCGCCCCGCCCGCGCCGCGCGCCCGCCGGCCGCGUCACGCGCGGCACCGAGACCGUCACCCGCGAGUGCGACCUCGAGGUGCCCGUCGAGUGGUACAGGUACAACCUGGUGGACGCCGUCGACGCCCUCGAGUAUUCCCUGUCGCGUUUGAACAAGUUGAAGAGGGACGCGACGACGGUCCACCUGCGGACGCGGACCGUGGGCGAGAUGCGGGGCCUGCACAGGACGCUCGAGCGGCUGUUGCACACCUCCACCACCAGGUUCAACGAGAUCAGGGACAACCUGAACAAGGGGCUCAAACAGUACCUGGCCAAGAAGGCGGGGACCGCGCCCGGCAGCAUCAGCGACGAGGACGACGACGACGACGAUGUAGAGAUAUUGCCCAAUCCGGCCGAAAAUGAUGAUCCGAUUUUCAUAGACGAGAAUUCGGUAGAUUCUAACGCCAACGAUACGAACUCCGUUGACCGGCAGGAGGUCGAUUUGACGGAGGCGAUUAGUAACAGUGAGCUGAAUGACAGCGGAGAUAAGUCCGUUGAGAUGUUGGAUGACAACUUUUUGAAGGCGAACGAGGAGAUGGACGAUAGAUCCAGUGAAAAGAAUGACGCGGCGUCGAAACCUGAGGAUGUUGACCCCCUUGAAACUGCUGAAGUCGAUCAAACUGAAGAUAAUACAUCGGGUGAAAAGAAGGAUGCCCCAUCCAAAAUAUCCAAAGACACUAAUCCUCUCGAUGACAAAGAUUCUGACAAAAUCCACGAAAACAAUAAUAUGUCCAUAGACGAAGAUAAGGAAACUGAAAAUGCCAACCCUGAAGAAGACGAACUGGACCAUAAUAAGCAAGAACAAAAUGAAGAUAUUAGUGUUGGAAAUAACAAAAUUCAAAUUAGUAAUGUUAAGAGUGAAUCCUUAGAAACAACAGAGAACAAACCCGUAAACGGUUCAGGAGAACAUGCGAAAGUAGAUUCCGAUGGACAAAAAGAAGACAAUGUUGAUACAUCUGACGACAAAAAACAAGAAAUUGACGAUAUCAAAAAUGAUAAUCAAGACAAUGAUGAUAAAAUUCAGGAUGCUGAAAUGAGUGAAGAAAUGAUCCAGAAUCUGCUAGAAGGUGACGACGGUGACAAUGAUGAUGAUACACAAACAAUGAAUAGUCAAGAAAUAAUAGGUGUGUAAACGUUUCUCGGAAACUAGAAGGAUUUUUAUAAUAUGCAUAAGUUUCAUAAACCUAAAUAAAUUGUAUGUAAG